AGUAUUGUUAAGUAGUCAACACAAACAAAAACAGACAAAAUGUCAGAUCGCAAAGCUGUUAUCAAGAAUGCCGACAUGAGCGAAGAAAUGCAACAGGAUGCUGUUGAUUGUGCGACACAGGCAUUGGAAAAAUACAAUAUUGAAAAGGACAUUGCCGCCUUCAUCAAGAAAGAAUUCGACAAAAAAUACAAUCCCACAUGGCAUUGUAUUGUUGGCAGAAAUUUCGGAUCCUAUGUGACACAUGAAACACGUCAUUUUAUCUACUUCUAUUUGGGUCAAGUGGCUAUCCUGUUAUUCAAGAGCGGUUAAAUUAGUUUGAAAUAUAAAUCAAU